UGGGUAGGAAGGCGACGUUCCUUCCAGUAAUCUUCCUCCUUGCCUCUAGUUCUCCCUUUGCCUACUCCACUAGGCUGGGGGCGGGGACGCGUCGUGCGUGCGGCGGGGGCGGAGUGGGGGCGGCGGUGGCGGUGGCGGCGGCGGCGGCAGCAGGGACUAUCUGGGAGCCGCUGGCGCCCAGUAACGGAGACCGCCGGAACCACCAUACCCCAGCCCGCGCCCCGCUCCGGGACCAUGGAGAUCGGCACUGAGAUCAGCCGCAAGAUCCGGAGUGCCAUUAAGGGAAAAUUGCAGGAAUUGGGAGCUUAUGUUGAUGAAGAACUUCCUGAUUACAUCAUGGUUAUGGUGGCUAACAAGAAAAGCCAAGAGCAAAUGACUGAGGACCUUUCCCUUUUUCUAGGGAACAACACGGUUAGAUUUACUGUAUGGCUUCAUGGUGUGUUAGAUAAACUUCGCUCUGUAACUACUGAGCCUUCUAGUCUAAAAUCUUCUGAGACCAAUAUCUUUGAAAGUAGUCUGCCUUCAAACAAGAGCAGUUUAGGUGGAGGAGAUGAAAGAAGACAUGAGGACACAUUGCUACCUCUUGCUGUUUCUAGCACUCGAUCUGAAAAAAAUGAUUCCAGAGUUUCUACAAGUUCACAAGAUCAUAGAACCUCUUCUAUCAGGCAGCCUUAUGAUGAUGGAACUGCAGCUCGACUAAUGUCAACAGUGAAACCUCUUCGAGAACUAGCCCCCUCUGAAGAUGUGAUUGAUAUCAAACCAGAACCAGAUGAUCUCAUUGAUGAAGACCUAAAUUUUGUCCAGGAAAAUACUCUCUUAUCACGGAAAAAACCUAUUGUGACAGUUACAUAUAGUUCUUCUCGUCCUUCUGUUGAAAUCUAUCGGCCUCCAGGAAGUCGAAAUACAGACAGCAGUGCACAUUUACAUAGGCUGCAUUUGCAGCAGCAGAACAAUAUUCAGACUGGCAAACAACUUGACAUACAGACCAGCAGGUCAUUUGAAACAAUACAUCUAUGUGAAUCAGAAGCAUUUAGUGGCUUAGCUGAGACCUAUAGGCCUAUCACCAAAGCAAACUCUGAUAAAAUAAGCAAUGAGGAAGAAAACUAUCGAAAGAGAAAGUUACCUGUGGUAAGUUCAGUUGUUAAAGUAAAAAAAUAUAAUAAUGAUGGAGAAGAGGAAGAGGAAGAGGAAGAAUAUGGAUUACGUAUAGGUAGUGUGUCCAGCAGCGUGUCUGUGCCAGCAAAGCCUGAAAGAAGGCCUUCGCUCCCACCAUCCAAACAAGCUAAUAAGAACCUAAUAUUGAAAGCAAUAUCUGAAGCUCAGGAAUCCGUUACAAAAACAACCAACUAUUCUACAGUCCCACAGAAACAGACGGUUCCAGUUGCUCCCCGAACUCGUACUGCUCAGGAAGAAUCUCUAAUAGAAGUGGUCCAGGGGCAAAGCAGGCUCCCCAGAUUAAGUCCCCCAAUUCAACUAGAGGAAGCAAAAGAACAGAGUUUAGAAAGAAUUCAAGUUUACAGUGAGAUAAUUAUCUUCAAGAAUUUGAAGAGCUGUCACCUGGAAGAGGGUUCUACUUGGUCUAUUUGGCCCUGGAAGACAGAAUUGGGAGCAAUGAGUGGCGUGACAGAGAUACAAUUGGGUUUGAUGCAAGGAGCUCAACAAAGGCAGUUGUUUUCCCGACUGCAAAUUGACCCAGUAGUGGAGGAAACUUUACAAAUGAGUCAAGAUUAUUAUGAUAUGGAAUCCAUGGUCCACGCAGACACAAGAUCAUUUAUCCUGAAGAAACCAAAGCUGUCAGAAGAAUUGGUAGCAACACCAAACCAGGAAUCUGGAAUGAAGACUGCAGAUACCCUUCGGGUUCUUUCAGGACGCCUCAUACAAACACGAGAUCUCGUACAACCAGAUAAACCUGCAAGUCCCAAGUUUAUAGUGACGCUGGAUGGUGUCCCCAGCCCUCCAGGAUACAUGUCGGAUCAAGAGGAGGAGGACAUAUGUUUUGAAGGAAUGAAGCCAAUAAACCAAACUGCAUCCUCAAUCAAAGGAUUAAAAGGCCUCCGUCCCCAGCAGUCACAGUUGAUGAGCAGGCAGCUUGAUGACCCAGAUGGUAGUUUCUCAAAUGUUGAGAUGAGUGAAUUGAGUAUCACACAGAAACCAGAGAAACUGCCAGAGCGCUGCAAGUAUUGGCCUGCUUGCAAAAAUGGGGACGAAUGUGCUUAUCACCAUCCAACUUCAUCCUGCAAAGCCUUUCCCAAUUGUAAAUUUGCAGAAAAAUGCUUGUUUAUUCAUCCAAAUUGUAAAUAUGAUGCAAAAUGUACUAAGCCAGAUUGUCCCUACACUCAUGCCAGUAGACGAAUCCCAGUGCUGCCUCCCAAACCAGCACCAACACCAACACCAACAUCUUCCAGUAGUCAGCUUUGCCGUUACUUCCCUGCUUGUAAGAAAAUGGAAUGUCCCUUCUAUCAUCCGAAACACUGUAGGUUUAAUACUCAGUGUACGAGACCUGACUGCACAUUUUACCAUCCAGCAAUUACUGUGCCACCACGUCAUGCCUUGAAAUGGACUCGACCUCAAACCAGAAUGUUGUGGAUAUGCUGAAAUUCACUACACUGACUUGUCUGCAUUAAGACCUUUCUCUGCAACAACUGUAAAGCCUCUGAGAGAAAAGUAGCUGCUGCUGCUGCCUCUGGGAAGAGAAACAGCUGACAGAAAACUCCGAUUGACCAUUGUUUCUGUUUUGUUUUAGACAGCUCUUGCCUUACAUAGAAAAUGUUUGGAAAAAUGAUCCUCUGAACUAUCAGAAAAUUUCUGAACCUGUGAAAGAUUUACCUAGUCCAGGUAGCCCAAGUUAUUCUGUCAAUGGUUGCCUGAUCCACCAGCUGUUUUCCUGAAGGCACUUCAUAGACAUGUCGUUUAUAUGAACCAGUGGAGACCUUUAAUUAUAAUGAAAAUGGAACAAGGUUUCAAUUAGAUGAAUGGCUGAUAAAAAUCAUGAGUUGAUGUAUGCUAUACUAUUGGCAAUAAUACUGCCACCUACUUUAUAUUGCCAAAGCAAAACAAGAGCAUUAUAAAAAUCAGUUUUUCCUAAGGAAAUGAGUGACUAGUUAAAAUGUCAAGAUACAGAAAUAAUAUAGAAAUUAAAAUGGAAGAGUAUAAAUGUCAAAUUUAAGUGCACUGAAGUUCUAGCACAACCACUCUGCUAAGCCCUUUAGACCAACCCAGGUAUACCUGAAGAUAACAGCUGUCAGCAGAAAAGUCCAUUUGAAUAACAAAGCUUGGGAUGUCUUUGCAGUAGCUGAUUCUGUUAAGGCUGGGGCCCAAUGUUAGGUCAUAAAAAUCCACUGCAUUCUCAUUAGAACCCACGGCUAAGUAUCUGGAAUCUGGACUAAACCUGAAUAGAGAAGGAAAGUCACUGAAGUUCAGCUACUUAAAAGCAUGAGCUUUUUUCAUUCUUGACCAUAUACAUUUUCUAAGUUAUGGCAAACACCAGAUCUGGACUAAGGUAGCCUCAUUUUAAUUGAUACACAUAACUUAUCAAAAUUAAUCUACUUUUGUAAACAAUACUAGUCUACCAAAAAGCUGUGACUAUAAUGAAGAUUCCACUUUCAGUUCUGAACAGCUUUUUUUCUAGAUUGUCUCCCAAGUCCAUUUAAAAUGUUUAUUGGUGUCUGAGAAUGCAGUCGUCCAGAGCAUCGAUGUAGAGGUAGCAUUUGUUUUCAGGGCCAAUUACCCGGCAGAGAUCUUCUAUGUCGCUGUAUUCACUGAAUCCUCUAAGCACAUUCUUUUCUCCUUCUUAUAUUAUGGGUCUGAGGAAUGUAGCGGAUGGCCCUUCACUUUAUAACAAAAUUCCCAAUGGCUUACGGAAUCAGAUAAAUGGGUUAUCAGAAAACUAAAACUAUUAAUUAUACUUCACUUUUCCUAAUAAGAUAACGCAUUUAUAGUGUUGAAUGGUUUUAUUUGAUUCUUACAGCAAUGCUAUGAGGAUUUAUAAUUCAUACGUGUCUGCUACAUGCCAGGCACUGCCAAAUGCUGGGGACACAAGGGAAAAAAACUAGUCCUUGUUCAGACUAAUGAGACCUUAUGUAAUAACCAUAUACCAACUAUGCAUACGAGAUAAACUGGUGAUGAUAAUCAUCAGAAGAAAGGCAGUAGCAUUAAAAGGGGAUCUGGGAAGAAGGCGGCACGUACAGUUCCUCCUCCCAUGGCUCCUUGCCCAUGGCUGCUCAGGUAGUAAAUACCUAGAAUCCAGCUAUCUCAUGUCUUACAGCCUGGUAUGCUUCCUACCACAUUCAUUUUAUUGCACGUGGCUUUAUUGUGCUUUAAAAAAAAAAUUUUUUUUUUAAACACAUUGAAGAUCUACAGCAACCCGUGCAGCAGGCUAGUCUUUGGAUGCCAUUUUUCCAACAGCGUGUACUCACAUUGUGUCUCUUUCACAUUUGGUAAUUUUUGGCAACCGUUCAAAUGUUUCCAUUAUUAUCUAUAAUGGUGAUCAGUGAUCUCUGCUGUUACUGUUGUAAUUGUUUUGGGGCACAACAAACCAAGCCCAUAUAAAAUAGUGAACUUAAUAAA